CGCGACGGCAGUUCGGCCACGUCCCUGGCCACGUCGCGCUCGCUCCCGCCAUCUUUCGCCGCUUCCUCUCUCAGGGGCUGUCGCCGCGUCCUGAGUCGCUGCCGAGCCCCGGGGCCGCCGUGCCGCGCCGACCGCCGCCGCCAUGAACAUCUUCCGGCUGACUGGGGACCUGUCCCACCUGGCGGCCAUCGUCAUCCUACUUCUGAAGAUCUGGAAGACGCGCUCCUGUGCGGGCAUUUCUGGGAAAAGCCAGCUUCUGUUUGCACUGGUCUUCACAACUCGUUACCUGGAUCUUUUUACUUCAUUCAUUUCAUUAUAUAAUACGUCUAUGAAGCUUAUCUACAUUGCCUGCUCCUACGCCACCGUGUACCUGAUCUACAUGAAAUUUAAGGCCACCUAUGAUGGAAAUCAUGAUACCUUCCGAGUGGAGUUUCUGGUGGUUCCUGUGGGAGGCCUCUCAUUUCUAGUCAAUCAUGACUUCUCUCCUCUUGAGAUCUUAUGGACCUUUUCCAUCUACCUGGAGUCCGUGGCCAUCCUUCCACAGCUCUUCAUGAUCAGCAAGACCGGCGAGGCUGAGACCAUCACCACCCACUACCUCUUCUUUCUGGGCCUCUACCGGGCUCUGUACCUCGUCAACUGGAUCUGGCGUUUCUACUUCGAGGGGUUCUUUGAUCUCAUUGCUGUGGUGGCCGGUGUCGUCCAGACCAUUCUCUAUUGCGACUUCUUCUAUCUGUACAUUACAAAAGUACUCAAGGGAAAGAAGCUCAGCCUGCCAGCGUAAGUGCCAAAGACCAUCAGCCGCGUCUGCCCUUCAGGGUGCUCGGACAGGGUCUCACACAGCGAAGGCGCAGGAUGCUCAGUGUGGAGAAGCAGAGCCGGCUUCUUCUGCGGCAGCCGCUCACUGGUGUCUCUGCAAGGGUGCAGAGGGAAGAGACCAGGAGGCUCUGUCUACUGCAUCCUGCCUUAUCUUUUUUAUUACUAUGUACAAAGAUUUUUUUACACAAAGAAACUUAACGCUGUGUUAAUAAAUUCAGUGUGUAGAUGAAUUGGGGCAGUUCCAAAAGUGACAAUUUUGUGCAGAAUAAGUACAAACCUUUUUUAUUUUUUGAAAAUUUGUUGAGAUGAUCGAUUCUUUGUGUCUACAGUGAAAUUAUACUCCUUGACACGUGGUAGAUUAUCCAAACAUCUGUCAAAUUUCCAUGCUAUUUAUUUUCUUUUUCUUUUUUUUUUCUUUUUUUUUGCCAAAAGAUGAGUUGUGUUUGUUUGAAAUCUGAGACACUGUUCCAUUUGAUGUUUUUGUCUAAAUCAGUCUUCAUUGCCCUGAAGAUUGUCCCUAGAUGUCACAACACUACACUUAAGGUCCAGGAGGAUGACUCAUAAGUCCUAUAGUACCCUUACCAAAACUUCCAGGUUCCCAGUGGAAACAGUUCAGCUGAUGUUCACCAAAUGCUCACCCUUCUCCCUGGUGAGGCGUGGCCCACAAUACCCAGAGGCCCUGAGCCUCUGCCUUCUGAGUGUGGAAAGGGGUGGGGAGUUUUGGACAGAGGACUCUGCUUCUCUGAAGAACGGAACAUAAAUGGCUACCUGUCACUUCAGUCACAAAUCCGAAAGAUCACUGCAACCAUGUCAGCUUCAAAUGUUUUUUUCAUAGCGCUUUUGGUGAUAAAAUGAUUGACAAUCUUUUUAAUUGGCAGCACCAAUUAUCAUUCCUUACAUUCUUUUUAGGUUUUUUUUUUUUUCUUUUUUUUAAACUGGGCUCUUGCAUGACCUAUAUUGUGUUAACAUCCUAAAUAAACAUUUUUUUUUUAAACAGAA